UAUGGAAAAAACAACAACACAAUUUACAGGGCAGAAACAGUUUUAGAAAUACCGCGAAAACGUGAACGUUAUCAAAUAAAUAACAGAAGAGAAAAACCAAAAAAGUUUAAAAAAAAUGGCAUCAGCUUCGCAAUCUUGCCAUACAACACCUAAAAUUCCCCAAGUCAGUGAAGUACCGCAGCGUGGUUCUGUCAUUGGUGCUAUUAAGAAAGCAGUAUUUGUUAUUGGAACUGCAUUGAUUUUGUUUGGAACAGUUCGAAACACCAUUACAUGGUAUUUUGAAUUAAUAUGGGGAUCAUCAAAAGAUUUUUGGCAAAGUAAAUGGCAAGCGAUUCAUGAUAUGGUUGGUGGUGAUGAAGUAUUGUUGUCCAUCGUUGGGACAAAUUUGAUUGGAAUUUUGGUUUACUGGAUUGGAGGUGCAUUUUUCUGCUUGGUCGACUUAACUGGAAGACCAGCGUGGGUCUUAAGAUACAAGAUUCAGGAUGCCAAACAAGUUCCGGUUGACAAAAGAAAAUUUGCAAAAGCAGUUCUUCUUGUGCUAUUCAAUCAGACAAUUGCCAUUCCAUUUUCCGCCUGUUUUUACUAUCUCUACAAAUGGCGUGGUUGUGCUUUUGGUCGUGAACUACCCAGUUUUCAUUGGGUGCUUUUUGAAAUUGGCAUGUUCACUUUGGUUGAAGAAUUCCUAUUUUAUUACGCACACAGGUGUCUUCAUCAUCCCCGUAUUUACAAGUAUAUCCACAAGAUUCACCAUGAAUGGACAGCUCCAAUCAGUAUCACCGCAGUUUAUGCUCAUCCGAUUGAACAUCUUGUUUCGAAUGUUUUCCCUGUUCUGAUGGGUCCAUUGGUCAUGGGCUCUCAUAUUGCCACCAGUUGGUUGUGGUUUUCCCUGGCUAUUUUAACAACUCUUGUGUCACACUGUGGCUACCAUCUGCCAUUACUACCAUCUCCAGAGGCCCACGAUUACCACCAUCAGAAAUUUAACCAGAACUUUGGUGUUCUUGGUGUCCUUGAUUGGCUUCACGGGACUGACGCCAUCUUCCGCCAAUCACGUGCUUAUGAUCGUCACGUGUAUUUCUUCAAUGCAACUUCCAUGAAGGAAUUGUAUCCCGAUGAUUCUGGCAAAGGAUGUAAGAAAAACUAAAUAUUAAUAAAGCAUAUUGACUCUUAUUAUUGCUGAACGUGCUUAAUUUGUGAAGCAACCAGUUCAUAUUUAUCCAAAAGGGAAAAUAUAUCUAUGUAUAUAGUGUUGUAUCUUAGUAAAGGGCCUGCGUAUCGAAAGAUCGUUGUAAUAUAUCCGAAUGAAUACAAGCGUGCUUAUAGGAGUAGAUGAUGUUUCACUGUGUGUAAGGAAAUUUCAAGCAAAUAUUUUUAUUUAUUUAAAGCAAAGUAUGUGAUUGUGUUCGACUAGCAUCACUAAACAUGCACUUGUACAUGCAUACAGUCUUUCUCAAUCAUGAUGCGGUGCUCAUGCUGAUGUCCACCAUGACAUGCACAUCGCAAAGAAACUACUCUCACUUUGUCUUGAAUGACCGGGAUCCAUCAACAUCUGCAGGAUGUUUGC